AUGACCCAAUUCAGCGUUGAGGAAAAGAGCAUGUUUCUUAAGGAAAUUAUCAAUAUGUGCGACGACCAGCAGUUGCAUUUUUUGACAUCGGUUCUGAACUGCUCGUUGAAACGGCGAUGUCUGUUCGACGGUGAUCACUAUGACCCGUUUGCGACCGUGCCGCCGUCCGUCGUUCUGAAGAUCCUGUCAUUUCUGGCGCCAGGCUCAGCUGACAAUACAAUUAAGGUUUGGGAUCUGAGAAGCUGUCAGUGCGUGAUGACGGUGAACAAUGCUCAUCGCAACUCGGUCACCUGUUUGCACUUCGACGACAGUCGUAUUGUUUCCGGCUCACUAGAUUGUACAAUAAAGUUUUGGGACGUGCGAACCGGUCGAUGGCUGCAUACCCUGGACUGGAUGAAGCACGAAGGGCACACCGGCGUCGUCCGUUGUUUGCAGGCCGAUAGUUGGCGAAUUGUUAGUGCGGCAGACGACAAAACCUUGAAGGCAGUUGUAAAGUCGUUUUUAGCAGAAUCUAUGGAGGGAGAAGAAGCUGAUGACUGGAAAGGGAGUGAAGAGUUCAACUAUUCGGAAGAGAUUCGCCUCAUUGAACAAGGAGCCGAAUCCAGGGUUUAUGAAGGCGUGUUUCUUGGAAGGGAGGUGAUCAUAAAGGAGAGGUUUUCAAAAAAGUAUCGGCAUCCGUCGCUCGAUGAGCAACUUAACAAGGAGAGGCUACGAACAGAGGUCAGGUGUCUGAUACGCUGUUGGCACAUUGGGGUGCCAGUUCCGCCCAUUUACUUCGUUGACUCGAAGAGGAACCGACUAAUUUUGGGGCGCAUUUCCAAUUCCGUUUCCGUUCGCCAGUUUUUGCGCUCGUCGCUGAACGUCGACUCCGUCGAACUGCCUGUGUUCAAGCUGGUGACCGGCCGCAUUGGCCAACUGAUAGCAACGAUGCAUCAGCACCACUUGGUGCAUGGUGAUUUGACUACUUCAAACAUGCUUUUGCGGAAGCCGGUCGACAACGCGGAUGUGGUGAUGAUCGAUUUUGGUCUCAGUUACAUCAGUCAGUUGCCAGAAGAUAAGGCGGUGGAUUUACACGUGCUUGAAAAAGCAUUGUUAUCAUCUCACCCUGACUCAGCAGCUUUGUUUGACGCGAUUCUUAGCUCGUAUAAAGAAGUGUACAGAGAUGGCGGGGAAAAAGUCUUGGCGAAGUUGGUAGAAGUGAGAACGCGCGGUCGGAAGAGGGCGAUGAUUGGGUGA